UGUGUCUCAACCGCAUACCCGUCCUGAACUUCCAUCCACUCCGUCCCCUAAUAUUUCCAAGAAACGCCCCGCUACAUCACCCUCCUCUUUUGAGACGAAUGGCAACAAGGAAAAAUACGAGGGAAAUGGUAACAAAAAUUCCCGAUCCCGUCGCGGUGGUCACAAGUCCGCUCAGAUGCCCGCUCUUGUGUCUGCGGCCAUGCCCAUCCCAGUUGGCGGUCGAGGCCAAAGCGCAGCUAGAGCGCCUAUCCCUGCACAGUUCAUGUCUCGCUCUGUCCCCUUGAGCAGCAGCGCAGGGAAAGCGCUCCCUGAUUGGGAUAUGCCACCUUCCUUCAGCACCAUAACGGACCCUUUCAUUGUCGACCCCGAAGAGCAGGCUGGUAAGCCCACUCGAGCUUCUCGUUCCAUGUCACCCGAAGUUGGCCGCCCACUUCCAUGGCUUGAGGUCCAAGACGACGAUGAUUUCCCUCUCAUGUCGCCCCCUUCCACUCCUCCGGCUUCCAAUGCCAAGAGUCAUUCCACGUCUAAUCUUCUCCUCCCCUCUCGGCACUCCAACACUACUCCCCGUCGCAGCGGCCGACCAGUCAAUCGUCAUGCCCGCACGGUUUCCGUCCCAAGCCUCAGCACGCAACCCCUUGUGCAGAGGGAGCAACAGCCCCCAUCUCCAGUGUCACCUAAGUUUGCAGACGGUCAUCAGGUAAAAUAUGCAGGGGGUCGCUUCCAAAGUGCCCCUGCACCGACCUUUUUACCUAUGCCAACCUUUGCGAUCUAGGCGGGGCUGUUGUUUGAGCGGACACCCAUGACACAGUGACGUGCGGACAAUCUCGCAAACCUCCUUGCUCCCUUCGCUCGUUGACCGCAACCUGAGUCAGGCCAUCUCGUUCGCCCCUUGUUCAAUGCAAACAUUCCCACGUCAAACGGCUAACAUACUUUCGGAUACCAUCGACUACUAUUAACGGCCCCCUUCAACGAUUCCUCAGUCCACAUGGCUAUUUUAUUUUCCAAACUCGCUUUCUGCUUUCUCGC